CGAUAUAUAAUCGGCCAAAAGAUGACCGGUAUACUUUACGAAAAAGUAUACCGGUCAAACUACGUUGUCAUCCUAUUUGUUCCCAGACUUCGAUGAAUUCACCCCUCGGAGAUUACCCGGUGUAGUUUCUAGGGUUGGAAAGUGUCGGCAGAAGAGAAUCUAUGAGGGCUUGGCGUGUAGCGACCCAUGUCAGUAGAGGACAACUGGAGAUGCUGGAGAAUCCAUCCAAGGCACUACUCGACAAAGGGNCCCCCUCACAAGGCGACAAGGCAGCUCAAGGACGAAACCAGUCACCUCGCACCACAUCAGCAUCGUGCCCCCACGUGGGCGCACGUGGGCUUCGGUCAGGUCAUGGCCAUGUGCCAGCAAAAUGGGGGGAUGCCUUUCCUCCCUGGUAUGUUCUCGUUCGCUCUUCUAGCCUGAUAGUUGGGCAGGUGACCGGCAACAUGGAGGCAAGAGAAGAACGCAUGGCACAAUACAAGGACCUUGUACUUGACCUGUUAAAAGGCUUCGAAGAGUUCAAGAUCGCCCAAAUUCCCCGGGCAGAGAAUGCGGAUGCAGACCUUCUCUCCAAGUUGACGCAGUAUGCUCCCGAGCAUGUUUCAAAACUUGCCCGGGUAGAGAUCCUUGACCGUGCGAGCAUCGAAAAAUUGGAAGUCGCCGCUAUAACGGCCGAAAGCCAAUCUGACCGGUCAAACUUGGUCGGGGCGGACGACCAUUGGGUGUAUGAUCUGAUGGAAUAUUUGAUGGAUGGGAGCUUGCCAGAACAAGAUGACCGGGCAAGAAAGGUGAAGCUCAGGGCACCCCGAUUCCAGGUUCUUGAUGGAAGACUGUAUAAAAGGGCAUUUGGGGGGCAACUCCUGAGAUGUCUAACCAACCGGGAGGCUGAGCGAGUCAUAGCGGAGGUACACGAAGGCGUAUGCGCGGCGCAUCAAAUGUCCUCAAGGCUGCCCAUCGAAGCGGAAUUCCCCACGUUUCGGGAGUCAAAUUAUCAAACCCAGCAGAAUGAGGAAGAUCACUUGGCCGAACUCAACUUGGUCGAAGAGCGGAGAAUGGCAGCGGAAGUUAAAAUGAGCACAUACCAACAAGUUGUGAAGAAGUACCAUGACAACAAGGUUGGGCCGCGGUACUUCCAAGUUGGAGAGGAAGUCCUACGAAGAAGAGAAGCAAGUAGACCCAGCGAUGGAGGAAAGCUGGCAAAAAACUGGGAAGGCCCAUACAGGGUUAGAGCCAUCAUUCGCCCAGGAACCUACCGGUUAGAAACUUUAGAUGGUGUACCGAUAGAAAGAACUUGGAAUUCCCACCAUCUUCGCAAGUUCUACAAAUGAUUGUAAUACUAGGCGAGACCUAACUACAUUAUCAAUCAAAGUAAUGUUCAAUACUCUACUUGGUAGCGGCGGAAUUAAUAAGUCGAACCUAUCCUA